CGGAUUGGUUCACAGUUUUAUCGGCUCUCAAUUUUUGCAUGCUCUUAUCGAUCAUCCGGUCUCAACGUCCUCGGUUUGUCCAUGCCCUUUGCGCACCUCGAUUGAUGCAGUCUUUUGUAAAACUUUUCACUGUUAUUUAUAACUUGAUGAUAAACUUGAGUUAAUAAUAUUAUGAAUCUUAGUGAGCUUUUUGUUCAAAUAUUGGAGUCUGAGCAGAAGGCAGAAGAACGAAAAUAUGUUUUGAAUGACCUCAAAAGAAAAAUUGGAAGCACAAGAGUAAAGCUUGAAGAGAUUCAAGAACAAAGGUCAUCAGUGCAGGGUCAACUGCUUCUCAAGACAAAUAAAUUAUCUGAAGAAGAACUGAAUUUGCAGUGGUACAUUAGUAAAAAGAAUAUCUUAAAGGAGCAACUUAAUGAAAUUCAAACAGCCAACAAAAGAUUGAUAGAAAAUCUGUCAUCUGUUAGGGAAAGACAUGAAGAUGGAAGAAAGAUCUUCCAGGAGGAAUUAGCAAGGUUCAAUAGAGAAUAUGACCUGCAAGGUAGUGGGAAGAUGGGGCGGGAAAGACAGGCUCAAACAGAAAUAGAAAAUUUGAAAAAACAGGAGCAGCAGCUAAAAGAAGAAAUGAGCCAGUUUAGAGAACAUACAAAAAUAUUGAAUGAAUUGACUAAAGAAAAAGAAUCCAGAAUGAUGGAAAUAUAUGAUAUGGAGAAGAGAAUGAAAGACUUGGAUGAAGUUGUGCUGAAGGAAGAGGAAGAAAUAAGUAACUUGAAGAAGGAGAAAAACGAUGUGGCAAACAAAGCUCACUCAUGCACAGAAUUUAAAAGAUUACAGAAUGAACUCGAGAGUUGCCAGGAUGAUGCUCUUGAAAGUGUGUGCGCUGCCUUACAACUAGAGUUGGACGAGUUACAAAGGAGUCUCUGGCAAAAACAGUUGCACAGCAGAUCAACGGAAAAGCUCCAACAACGAAAAAGCAACAACCUGAGAACUCAUCAAACAUGGGGAAAACCAAUAAAUAACCGGCACAGUUGCAAUAAGACAACCAAACAGUCCUGUUUUAAAUGGACACCCCCUAUGAAAACCUCAGCUUCUGUGGCAGUCCAGAAGCUUCAGACAGCAGUGCCAUCUGAGUUACCAAAACCAAAUUUGAGAAAACUACGACAAGAAAUGCAGAAAAAAAUUCAAAAGCAGCAGGUGGCUCCUAAUUUUGACCUUCAAUUAGACGAUCUUCUGGAAGAUUUUGAAGAUCUUGACGAGAUUACACUGGAUGAAGUGAAUGACACUAAGCCUAACAGCAACAAUAAUAAUAAUGGUGCUUUUUCUCAGGGCAAAAUUCAGACAAAUACAGUAAUGCCAACACAAUCCAAGAAGGUUCGAUUCCGUUGAGUUUCCGAUUGUGUGAAAUAUACACUGAUAAGCUGUGGGGUCAGGGAUCAAUAAUUGUUAUACAGCGAGGUAUCACUAGACUCAACUAUCCUAGGCAGGGAUCAAAGUUAUCCUUGCCUAUUUGCUUGGGAUUCCAUGCUCUCGAAUGCAAGUUCAGGAGUUCAUAUCGCAUAAUGGCCAUUGGCUUGUGUCCAUGGGCAAAGAACUUUACCCAUGUUUUCUCUCUUGUGAAAUGUUAAAUUUACUUUGUGUACACACUGAAUAUUCAAUAAGCAUAACUAGGAACUUUUGAAAUAAUAACCAAAGAGUAGUAGGAAUACUUCAUGUAUGAUUUCCGGUAACCCAGUUCAAUAAUUUGAAGUACCUGUAGACCAGGGGUGGGCAUAAAAAUGGGUUGGAAGGCCAAAGUGAAUUUUUGAUUAAACAAUGAGAGGUGCACCCAAACUUUUGAUGUUUCCAGUGUGCUUCCAAAAACCUUGAUGCACUGUUUUAUAUCGCUUUAUGCUCAGUUUUAAUAUUACUUUUUACAGACGAUCAUGGUCUCAACCCGUAAAAGACAAGGGGGUUUUUAGCUUAGGAUUGUUGGUGGGCUGCACACAUAGGGUUUUAUUUAUUUUCGCUGGCAGCACUUUUCUCACUCUGCUGAAGACAUUUUGACAUAAAAAUUGCUAUAUAAAAUGCCAAAAAUUCACAGUUAUUUGGUUGUCAAUUUUCAAAAAUGUUUAAUCUUGCAUGUUGCUUGAUAGCCUAAAAAUUCAGCUUUAUAUGUUAAUAAU